UUUCACAAUACAAUCAACAAGCUAAAAAAAUAAAGUAAAAAUAAAAAUAAAAAUACGAAAUUUGCUCACAACAAUAGCUCACAAUAUUACGACUAUAAAAAUAUGAGUGUUCCAAGCGUGCCCCAACAGCGGGCAUCAAAAUAUUCGAACUCAACGCGACUCCCGCCUAGCUGGAGAUCAUGUCUAACGCCCAGGGCAUUAGCCCCCCUAUUGUUACUGAUUAGUCUGGGCCUCAGUCUGGGCUUUGUGCAUUGUUAUGAGAAAAUGUAUAGUCAGACUGAGAAACAGCGCUACGACGGCUGGUAUAAUAAUCUCGCCCAUCCCGACUGGGGCUCUGUGGACAGCCAUCUGGUGCGCAAAGCACCGCCCUCGUAUUCAGAUGGAGUUUACUCGAUGGCAGGUGCUAAUCGGCCGUCGACAAGGCGAUUGAGUCGUCUAUUUAUGCGGGGACGCGAUGGUCUCGGCUCGAAGUUCAAUCGAACUGCAUUGCUGGCGUUCUUCGGCCAGGUGGUGGCCAACGAGAUUGUUAUGGCGUCCGAGUCCGGUUGCCCCAUCGAGAUGCAUCGCAUCGAGAUUGAGAAGUGUGAUGAGAUGUACGAUCGUGAGUGUCGUGGCGAUAAAUAUAUACCGUUCCAUAGGGCGGCCUAUGAUCGCAGCACGGGUCAGAGUCCGAAUGCGCCAAGGGAACAGAUAAAUCAAAUGACUGCUUGGAUUGAUGGCAGUUUCAUUUACAGCACCUCCGAGGCAUGGCUCAAUGCCAUGCGAUCCUUUCACAAUGGCACACUGCUCACUGAGAAGGAUGGCAAGCUGCCCGUACGAAAUACGAUGCGUGUGCCGCUCUUCAAUAAUCCGGUGCCAAAUGUCAUGAAAAUGCUCAGCCCGGAACGUUUGUUCUUGCUGGGUGAUCCGCGCACAAAUCAAAAUCCUGCCUUGCUCUCCUUUGCCAUACUCUUUCUGCGCUGGCAUAAUACCCUGGCGCAGCGUAUAAAACGUUUGAAUCCCACUUGGUGUGACGAGGAUAUCUUUCAGCGUGCGCGGCACACGGUCAUAGCCAGUCUGCAGAAUGUCAUCGUCUAUGAGUAUUUGCCGGCAUUUCUGGGUUCCUCCAUUCCGCCGUAUGAAGGCUACAAGCAGGACGUACAUCCAGGCAUUGGACACAUCUUUCAGGCGGCUGCCUUUCGCUUUGGCCAUACCAUGAUACCGCCUGGCAUCUAUAGGCGCGAUGGCGAAUGUAAUUUCAAGCAGACGCCCAUGGGCUAUCCGGCAAUACGUUUGUGCUCUACGUGGUGGGACUCCAGUGGUUUCUUUACCGACACGAGCGUGGAGGAGGUGCUGAUGGGUCUUGCAUCGCAAAUUUCCGAGCGCGAAGAUCCAGUUUUGUGCUCAGAUGUGCGGGAUAAGCUCUUUGGGCCCAUGGAGUUUACGCGCCGAGAUCUGGGCGCUCUGAACAUAAUGCGUGGACGUGAUAAUGGUUUGCCCGAUUAUAACACGGCCAGAGAAGCGUAUGGCCUGCGUAGGCAUAAGACCUGGACGGACAUCAAUCCGCAAUUGUUCGAAGCGCAACCCGAACUAUUGGACAUGCUCAAGGAGGCUUACAAUAAUCAGCUGGACGAUGUGGAUGUCUAUGUGGGUGGCAUGCUGGAGUCCUAUGGCCAGCCGGGCGAGCUUUUUAGCAGUGUGAUCAAGGAGCAGUUUCAACGCUUGCGCGAUUCGGAUCGGUUUUGGUUCGAGAACGAGCGCAAUGGCAUUUUCACGGCCGAGGAGAUAGCCGAGCUGCGUAAGAUCACGCUCUGGGACAUCAUCAUAAACAGCACGGACAUAGCAGAGGAUGAGAUACAGCGUGAUGUGUUUAUGUGGCGCGCCGGUGAUCCUUGUCCGCAGCCCAUACAGCUGAAUGCCACAGAGCUGGAGCCAUGCAACUAUUUGGAGGGCUACGAUUACUUCUCGGGAUCAGAGUUAAUGUUCAUCUAUGUGUGCGUUUUCCUUGGCUUUGUGCCUAUACUCUGUGCGGCUGCCGGCUAUUGUGUGGUCAAGCUGCAGAACAGCAAACGGCGCAAGCUGAAGAUACGCCAGGAGGCGCUGCGUGCACCACAGCAAAAGGGCUCCGUGGACAAGAUGUUGGCGCGUGAGUGGCUGCAUGCGAACCACAAGCGUCUGGUCACAGUCAAAUUUGGACCCGAGGCGGCUAUCUAUACAGUGGAUCGUAAGGGAGAGAAGCUGCGCACAUUUAAUCUGCAGCACGUGGACGUUGUCAGCGUGGAGGAGUCAGCGACCAAUCACAUAAAAAAGAAGCCCUAUCUGCUGCUCCGUGUGCCCAGCGAUCAUGACCUAGUGCUGGAGCUGGAGUCGUAUGGAGCACGUCGCAAGUUUGUCAAGAAGCUAGAGGAUUUCCUGCUGCUGCACAAAAAGGAACUGACACUGAUGGAGGUGAAUCGUGACAUAAUGCUGGCCAGGGCAGAGACUCGAGAGCGACGCCAGAAGCGGCUCGAGUACUUCUUUAGGGAAGCCUAUGCGCUCACCUUUGGCUUGCGGCCGGGCGAGCGUAGGCGUCGCUCGGAUGCAUCCAGCGAUGGUGAGGUGAUGACUGUAAUGCGCACCAGUCUAUCCAAGGCUGAAUUCGCGGCCGCGUUGGGCAUGAAGCCGAACGAUAUGUUUGUGCGCAAGAUGUUCAAUAUUGUGGACAAGGAUCAGGAUGGACGAAUCAGUUUCCAGGAGUUUCUCGAAACUGUGGUGCUCUUCUCGCGCGGCAAGACGGACGACAAGCUGCGCAUCAUCUUCGAUAUGUGCGACAAUGAUCGCAAUGGGGUCAUCGAUAAGGGCGAACUGAGCGAAAUGAUGCGCUCGCUGGUGGAGAUUGCGCGCACCACUAGCCUGGGCGAUGAUCAGGUGACCGAACUGAUCGAUGGCAUGUUCCAGGAUGUGGGACUUGAGCAUAAGAAUCAUCUGACCUAUCAGGACUUCAAGCUCAUGAUGAAGGAGUACAAGGGUGACUUUGUUGCCAUCGGCCUGGAUUGCAAGGGUGCGAAGCAGAACUUCCUGGACACGUCCACAAAUGUGGCGCGCAUGACCUCCUUCAACAUUGAGCCCAUGCAGGAUAAGCCACGGCACUGGGUGCUCGCCAAAUGGGACGCGUACAUUACGUUUCUGGAGGAGAAUCGUCAGAAUAUCUUUUAUCUAUUUCUAUUCUAUGUGGUUACGAUUGUUCUCUUCGUGGAGCGUUUCAUACACUAUUCCUUCAUGGCCGAGCACACCGAUCUGCGUCACAUUAUGGGCGUGGGCAUUGCCAUUACUCGCGGAUCUGCUGCAUCUCUCUCCUUUUGCUAUUCGCUGCUGUUGCUGACAAUGUCGAGAAAUCUCAUUACCAAACUGAAGGAGUUUCCCAUUCAGCAAUAUAUUCCGUUGGAUUCGCAUAUACAAUUCCAUAAGAUUGCGGCCUGCACUGCGCUGUUCUUCUCGGUGCUGCAUACGGUGGGGCACAUCGUUAACUUCUACCACGUGUCCACACAGUCGCACGAGAAUCUGCGCUGCCUGACGCGCGAGGUGCACUUUGCCUCGGACUACAAGCCGGACAUUACCUUCUGGCUAUUCCAAACGGUCACCGGGACAACGGGUGUGCUGCUCUUCAUCAUCAUGUGCGUCAUAUUUGUGUUCGCCCAUCCGACAAUACGCAAGAGAGCUUACAACUUCUUCUGGAACAUGCACACGCUCUAUAUUGGGCUCUAUUUGCUGAGCUUGAUACAUGGGCUGGCGCGUCUGACCGGUCCGCCACGCUUCUGGAUGUUCUUCUUGGGGCCGGGUGUCAUCUACACUCUGGACAAGAUUGUCUCGCUGCGCACCAAGUAUAUGGCACUGGAUGUCAUCGAUACGGACUUGUUGCCCUCGGAUGUGAUCAAGGUCAAGUUCUAUAGGCCGCCCAAUCUCAAGUAUUUGUCUGGGCAAUGGGUGCGUCUGUCCUGCACCGCCUUCAGGCCACAGGAGAUGCACAGCUUCACGUUGACCUCGGCGCCGCACGAGAACUUCCUCAGCUGUCACAUCAAGGCGCAAGGACCUUGGACAUGGAAGCUGCGCAACUAUUUCGAUCCGUGCAAUUAUAAUCCGGAGGAUCAGCCCAAGAUACGCAUCGAGGGCCCGUUCGGUGGUGGCAAUCAGGACUGGUACAAGUUCGAGGUGGCUGUCAUGGUGGGCGGCGGCAUUGGCGUUACGCCCUACGCCUCCAUACUAAACGAUUUGGUCUUUGGCACCAGCACGAAUCGCUACUCAGGCGUGGCCUGCAAGAAGGUUUAUUUCCUGUGGAUUUGUCCAUCGCACAAGCACUUCGAGUGGUUCAUCGAUGUGCUGCGCGACGUGGAGAAGAAGGAUGUGACCAAUGUGCUGGAGAUACACAUCUUCAUCACGCAGUUCUUCCACAAAUUCGAUCUGCGUACAACUAUGCUGUACAUUUGUGAGAAUCACUUUCAGCGCCUCUCGAAGACAUCCAUAUUCACGGGUCUCAAGGCUGUUAAUCAUUUCGGACGGCCCGACAUGUCCAGUUUUCUUAAGUUUGUGCAGAAGAAGCACUCCUAUGUAUCUAAGAUAGGCGUCUUCUCUUGUGGCCCCAGGCCGCUUACAAAGAGCGUCAUGUCCGCCUGUGAUGAAGUGAACAAAACACGCAAAUUGCCCUAUUUCAUACAUCAUUUCGAGAAUUUCGGUUAAGGCUAGUGCAAGUCCAGGUCUUAAUCAGCUCUACAAUUAUCUGCCAACUACAAAAAAUCACAACACCCCACACACACACACACACCCACACAUACAUAAUGAAACAUAACGGAUUACUCUAUGAAUAUUAUACGCAUAGUAUUUAGUUUCAUUCAUUCAGCAUUUAAGCGAAUUUAGUUUUCACCUGCCCCGCCCCCUACGACCCUGUCCCUAUCUAGCCACAAAUAUCUCUCACGUAAUCUGUAACUUCAUAAAUUAGUCAUGUUCUACAAUUUAGUGCAUUAUGAAAAUUUCCAUUGAUAUUUAGCUACAAUCACAACAACAACAACAAGAGAAUGAACGAACAAAAGAGGAAGAAAAAAAAAAC